CGAACUUGACUGCUUGACUCCAACAAAAAUUUCACCUGCUCAAAGUUCUUUUUUUUCCUUUGGCCUAUGGCCGAUUGUUUUUUUUCAAUGAAAAUUAAUUCCUUCAAUCAAUAAUUAAUUAAUUAUUUAUAAAACUAAUUAAAAAACAAAGUCUCUUCGAAUUUUGUUUAAAAAACCACCACCAACAAAAAUGUUAUCAAGCAUUCGAGGAUUUCUAUCACGUCAUCGCAGGAAAUUCAUUGUUACCGGAGUCGUGGUAGGUGGUUCAUUUUUAAUUUUCAAAUAUGCCCAAAAAAAACUACGAGAUUUCCAAGAACGACAAGCUCGUGAAUUUCUCGAUCGAACACAACGCAUUCAGUAUUUUGAAUCACAAGAGCGCAAUUGCAAUCAAGUGAUCAUGGGCAUUAGCACAGAUUUAUGCAAUGAGAUCUUAAAAUUGGUUAACAAUGAUGAAUUGCUUGAAAGAUUGCGAAAAAAUCCAGAAAACAAAAUCGAACUCUGGGAAGAAUUGAAAAUUAUUGCAUUUACACGACUUGCAGUAUUUAUUUAUGCCACAUCUAUGCUUAAUAUUACAUUAAGAGUCCAAAUGAAUGUCAUUGGUGGAUAUGUUUAUAAAGACACUAUUCAGGAGGAGAAUAAACUCACUGACGACAUUCGAGAGGCUUAUUUGUCGUCAAUAAGGCAUUUCCUUGGCGAUGGUUUGGUUAACUUGGUUCAGUUGAUUAAAUCAAAAGUUAAGGCUAUUUUAAGGACACAAUCACUCACAACUCGCUUAAGCUUGUCCGACUUGGAACAGCUUUUUUGGUCAAUUCAGAUGUCGAUUAACAGCGAUGUGAAUGACCCAAAUAGCAAACUGGCAAACUAUGUAAUGCCCUCACAACUUGGUAAUUCUGGGGAAAUCCUAGAUAAAAUGUACAGCGAAACACUCGACUUGCUUGAAAGCGAUGAUGUAUCGACAAUAUGUUCCAAUAACAUUUGUCGAGGAUUUUCAAUUGCUGUGGAUUGUAUAGCAGAAUGUAUGGCAGAUACAGUUAAAACUGCUUUGCAAGACAAAGCUGAUGAAUCACCUAAAUUCAAUGUGAAUAAUAUUGAAUUAGCUUUAGCCAAAGUAAUACCCAUAUUAAAUGGACUGACUGCAAAAGGAGUUGAUAGCACGAAGAAACCACAAAAUUUUGUCACAUCAAUUGUGACAUUCUUUUUGGUGUCGGAAAAGUGUAAGACACUGGGAGCGAAUGUUUAUGAAGUUUUUAGUGUGUAAGUUUUUUUUUUUGAUAAUGAUGAUGAUUGUGACAGCGAUUUCAAAAAGCGAGAACAAUUAUGGACCACAUACUGAAAUGCAUUCCUAUGUGUGUUUAUUAUUUUUUUUUAGAGUAUAAUUUAUAUAAUUAUAAUAUAUUUUUUGUUAGUUUGUAAUAAA